AUGCCCUCGUGGAGUCUCUCUUUGCUACUGAGGGGUGAUCACACGCUUCCCUUGAGGUCCGGGAUCGCUGGUGUCCUCGCUUCCCAGGCGCUUGCGGGGAGGACAGCUGUUCGCCAUCAUCACCCUGGUCCUUGAAGCCUCCGAGGUGGUGCCCUGGGCCUGGAACGCCCGCGCGCGACGGUCCCACGGUCACCCAGCCCAGUGUGGUGCGGGCGUCGCUAGGCCCGCAGGACCCUCCGGGGUUCCGAUGGCGGCGAAGGACUCGGCGUGUGUGAGUGGAGUGUGCCCGGCGGCCGGCACUCAGACUUCCCCGGACACGUCGUCCCACAGCCCUGCGCAGGAAAGGGUGUCUCCCCGUUGCCCUCCUCCCCCUUCGCUGUCUCUUGCUACUGGGGACUCUAGAUUUCAGGUCCAGGCCUGAGGUCCCAAGUUCCCGCUAUGCAUUCUGCAAAGUUUUCCCAUUUAUGGGGAACAGUGGCACGUGGAAAGCUGUUGAAUGACUAGGAACUGGGCUGUGCAACUGCUUCUAAGAGGCUGAUUGGGAGUGUUUAGAGUCGCUGUGAAGUCUAGGGUCAUUAGAGAACAGGUGACUGGAGUCAGACGAGACUGCAGAUCUGGGUCUGAGAGUCCUGUAGAGAUGUGAUCUGACUUAAGCUCCCAAACUCCCUCUGGCUGCAGAAGAGAAAAAAAUAGGGUGAGAAUGAGGAAGAAGGAAGAGAGGCCCCAAAAGAUUCCAAUGUGAAGUAGACUUUGAGAAGACCAGGUGUGUUGGCAUAUGUCUAAAAUCUUAGCACUGUAGAGGUGGAAGCAGGAGAAUCAGGAGUUCAAGGCCUUGGCUGCAUGGGGAGUUUGACUCCAGCUUGGGUUGCUUGAGAUCUUGUCUCAAAAAAGGCCAGGUGUGGUUGUGCACACCUUUAAUCCCGUCACUUGGGAUGCAGAGGCAGACUGAUCUCUGGUCUACAUAGGGAGUUCCAGGCCAGCUGGGACUGUGUCUCAAAAACCCAAACAGACAAAAAACUGUGGGCAAUGGUUGAACAUGGAGGUGGAAGAAUUUUUAUUUAUUUUUUAAUUAUUUGAGCUUGGGACAGGGUUUCAUCAUGUAGCCCUGGCUGGCCUGGAACUCGCUAUAUAGACUUGGCUAGCCUCAGACUCACAGAUAUCUGCCUGCCUCUGCCUCCUGAAGUCUGAGAUUGAAGGCAAGCUCCACAACACCUGGUGGGAAGUAGAAGCUUGCAUCUGUUAUUUGAGUUGGGCUAGCCAGAUAUUAUGUGGAAAGCGGGGGCGGGAAGAGACAGGAAUGUUACCAGGGAGUUUGUCCUCAGCAACUGGAACAUAGAAAUGCCACUGAUUGAAAUAGAAAAGUACAGGUUUCUGGAACAGUCAGAAAGUGGAUUUUUGGCUAUGUUUUUGGCAUACAAGACCAAGUUCUGAAGGAUUCAGCUUAGAUGCACAUCAGUAGCAGUCAUCCCAUGAACCAAGGUAAAGGACCAGGUGAACUUUGAAGACGUGGCUGUGUACUUCUCCCAGGAGGAUUGGGGGCUUCUUGAUGAGGCUCAGAGGCUCCUGUACCGUGAUGUGAUGCUGGAGAACUUUGCACUUGUGGCCUCCCUGGGAUUUGCGGCUUCCAAGUCCUCUGUGAUUUCCCACUUGGAGCAGGGUAAAGAACCCUGGGUGCCUGACUGGAUAGAUGUGUCACAUCCAGCCAUAGGAGAGUCCAAGAGGGAGGCCAGUUCUGAUUGCUGGCAUGGACUGGAGGGUUCUGUAGAGGAAGUGUCCCAGUUUGAGACUUGUAAGGCCUGGUUGAAGGCCUAUUCCUGUGAUAUGUGUGACCCAGUCUUGAAAAACAUUUUGCACCUUGCUGAACAUGAGGGAACACAACUUGGACAGAAGACAUAUACAUGUGAGGCAUGUGGCAGAAGCUUCAGGAUCAGUAUGAACCUUCACCAGCCAAAGGAGCACAGUGUUAAGAAGCACUUCAUGUGCUGGGCAGAUGAGAAUGUCCAAGAAGGCCAUAAUGUCCAGCACCAGGCCACCAGCAGCAAAGGGAAGUUGUGCAGGAACACCCAACACAGGGCAGUCUUCCCAUCAGGCAGCCAUGGGCAGCAGCAGGGCAUCUGUAGUACACAGAAGUCUUUCAAAUGCAGUGACUGUGGAACAAGCUUCCAGAAGGCCUUUACUAUCCUUGGCCACCUGAUAACUCACUCUGAAGAGAAACACUUCAGAUGCCCAACAAGGGGAAAUGGCCCCAAGGAGAACUUAAAUCAUGUUAAUGACCAAAAAUUUCACACUGAAAGACCAUCUCAUAUAUGUAAGAAAUGUGGGAAGGCCUUCACCUACCUAUUUAAACUGAGAUCGCAUCAGAAAGCUCACACUGGAAAGUCAUGUCAUACUUGUAGCAAAUGUGGCAAAGCUUUCACCCGCAAACACUCGGUGGUUCUGCACCAAAGGGUUCAUACUGGUGAAAGGCCUUAUGAGUGCGACCAGUGUGGGAAAGCCUUUGCUCACAGCUUCCAAGUUCUUCGGCAUCAGGUAGUUCACAGCACAGAAAAGCCUCAUGAAUGCAAACAGUGCCGGAGAGUCUUUCGUUGCAUCUCUAACUUUGUCAAACACCAGAAAAUACACAAUGGAGAAAGGCCUUAUCAAUGCAAUCAGUGUGGGAAAGCCUUCAUUGACAGGUCCCACCUGAUUCGUCAUGAGAAACUUCAUAACACAGAAAGGUCUUUUGAGUGUAGUGAAUGUGGGAAAUCCUUCCGACAAACCUCCAAGCUUGUUCAGCAUCAAAGGACUCACACUGGAGAAAGACCUUAUAAGUGCAACCAGUGUGGGAAAGCCUUCAGUUGCCUCUCCAACCUUGUUCCACACCAGCGAAUUCAUACUGGAGAAAAGCCUUAUAAAUGUUCAAAAUGUGGAAAAGCCUUCAUUCAAAGCUCUGCUCUCACUCAGCACCAGAAGGUUCACACUGGAGAGAGGCCUUACAAAUGCAGUGAAUGCGGGAAAGCCUUCAGUUAUAGGUCUAACCUUGUUAAGCACCAGAAAGUUCACACUGGAAAGAAGCUGUAUGAUUGCAGCUGGUGUGGGAAAGCCUUUACUGAAAGCUCCAUCCUCAGUCAGCACCAGAGAAUCCACACAGGAGAAAGGCCUUAUGAUUGCAGUAAGUGUGGAAAAGCUUUCCGCUUUAUCUCUAACCUAUCCAAGCACCAAAAGGCUCAUGCUAGAGAUGAGCAUUCCAAAUACACAGGACAUGGGAACACCCUCGGGCUUUCUUCUGCUGCAUUGUAAAAGCACUACUCAUGAGAACACUUAGGUGAGGAGAACUUUUCUAAGGAAGCCAUCAGACAAAAGAUGUAACUUACCUCCCAACAUCCCUCACCGGGAGAAGUACCUAUCAGUAGUGCCAAAAACCUGGAAAGCUCUGAGGAGCCUUGUUAGUUACACGUUCUGUUCAGUCCAUGUCCUUUGUCGAUUGUGUCACUAUCCUGUCAUCUCACCUCUAGCUGGAAGGCCUCACAGUGUGUGCCUGACAUACUCAGGGAAGGCAGUGCCUGUGCUCUUGUUCCCUGGAAGUAGUGACGGGAGUCCUCUGGGGUCAUCUCAGUCUCUGCUUCUCUCCCCUAUCCCCACUGGCAUAGGCUCUGCCCUGACCUAGGUCUCUCCAAGCGGACCCAGAGUCUGCUAAUGACAUCCAGAGCUUUCUUUUCCAAAGACUUGAGUCUCCAGAUGACAUCUGCAGUAGAUUGUCUAGCCUCUAAAAGACUCAACCUUGAAUCCACUUGCCUCCAGAGAGUGAUAAUAAAAGCUUUACUGUUAAAACCAUC